AUGAAUGACAGAAAUGUUUCCAACCUGCUGCUUCAGCCCAACAUCUCCUGGUCCUCCUCCAUGGACGGGGUCUCUGAGGCCCAGCAGCAGCAGCAUCAGGAGGAGUUCCAGGUUUUCAGAGGCUCCACCUUCACCAUCAGCUGCUCCAUCCAGCCUCAGUACCCAGGAGGCUCCUUCCAGCUCUCCUUCACCUCCUCCACCUCAGCAAUCAACUACACCCAGCCAGUUGUCAAUCACUCUGCUGACUUCCUGUUUCCUAACCUCACCCAGCCAGCUGUCAAUCACUCUGCUGACUUCCUGUUUCCUAACCUCACCCAGCCAGCUGUCAAUCACUCUGCUGACUUCCUGUUUCCUAACCUCACCCAGCCAGCUGUCAAUCACUCUGCUGACUUCCUGUUUCCUAACCUCACCCAGCCAGCUGUCAAUCACUCUGCUGACUUCCUGUUUCCUAACCUCACCCAGCCAGCUGUCAAUCACUCUGCUGACUUCCUGUUUCCUGCUGCAGAGCCCGCCCACCAAGGAAGCUACAGCUGUGUUUAUCACGUCCAUGUUUUCUCUCAUAACUUCUCCUCUGAGAGCCGUCAGCUCUCUGUCUCUGUUGUAGAUCCAUCAGAUCCACCAGAUCCAUCAGAUCCACCAGAUCCACCAGAUCCGAGACCUUUUAUCAUCAGAGCGGUCGUCCUGCCGCUGAUUCUGAUUCUGCUGGUGGCGAACAUUGCCUCUUUCUUCUAUUUUAAGACCCACAGGGUCUACAGGGUGCAGAAGCCCCGCAGACGGGAGGACGUGGAGCUGGAUUAUUAUAACCUGGGUGUUCCUGCAGCUGAGCGAGAGAGCUCCAGAGUCGGGCAGAGCGGCUGAAGGCUCUGCUCCCCA